CUUUGAAGUUUGUCUGACUGAAAUGUCUCACAGUCACACCUUUCACUUUUAAAUUUAAACUGGACGCUAUUUUCUGCGUUUGACACGGAUUAAAAAAUCGGACAACUUUACGGCUGACAACGGCGGAUGACAAAGUAUCACACCUAGAAGCUGGGCAAAUGAAAGCAUGUCGUCCUCAUCGAUUGUGUCCCAGGAGUGGGAACUCGUGGAUCCCUGUCCAGACAUCCACGCCUUAUUCAUUGAGUACAACAAGAAAUACUUUUGGGGCAAACUCGACGGAGUUGCUCUAAAAUGGAGCCCUCGGAUGACACUUUGUGCUGGACUGUGCAGAUAUGAGGGAAGAGGAGGACUCUGUUCCAUCAGUCUCAGCGCCCCUUUGCUCAAAUUGAGACCGAGAAAAGAUCUGGUUGAGACCCUUUUGCAUGAAAUGAUCCACGCCUAUCUCUUUGUCACUGCAAACAACCGAGACAGAGAUGGACACGGCCCGGAAUUCCAGAAGCACAUGUACAGGAUUAACAAUCUAUGCGGCUGCAAUAUCACCAUUUACCACAGCUUUCAUGCGGAAGUGAAACUGUACCAGCAGCACGUCUGGAGGUGUUUGGGUGUGUGCAGGGAACGCAAACCAUUCUUUGGAUUUGUGCGUCGCUCGAUGAACAGGGCGCCUAGCCACACAGACACUUGGUGGAGCAUGCACGAAAGAAGCUGUGGAGGGAAAUUCGUCAAGAUCCAAGAGCCUGAGGAGUUCACUAAGAAGAAGCAGGCCGAGGCUGAUAGAAAGGCGAAAAGAGAGAACAAAAACAAAGCAGUGAGCAAAGCAGGUGAUAUUAGGCCUUACUUGAGCCCAACAAAAAACAGCAAUGGCCGAUCCAGCGGCCCAAAAGCCUCUACAAGUGCAGUUAAUGGGAAAGGGCGAGGUGACAUCAGAAAUUACGGAAAUCCAGUCAAGGGCCCGGCUGCAUCAACAAACAACACCAACAAAGUCACAAAACCAGUCUCCGGCUCUGGAAUCGGGGCUUCCAGCAACAUUUCUGGCUUCAGCGACGCUGGACGGGGAGGCAGAAGGGGCAUGGGAGGCACGGCCACCGCCAACAGGGGAGGAGGAACUCUGGUCGUGUCUGGAAGAGGGAGCCAGGAGCGUCCAAUGGAAGAAUCGCAACCAAGCACGUCCUUCGUUCCGUUCAUUGGGAAAGGCCACACUGUUGGCUCAGCGUCCGGUUCGACCGGAAACGCUGUGUUGGACAGACAGAAGUUUCUGGCCAGGUUCAACCAGCCAGAACAAAAGCCCUUGAAGAAGCAGAAGACUGAAAUUGAGGAAAAACCGGGGAAACUCCACUGUCCCAUAUGUGAAAAGCCGUGUCCCGCCGCUGAAAUGAAUGAUCACAUCGAGCAGUGCCUUCGUACUUUCAAUUUUGAGGACGAUGACAAGAAAAAGCAGCCACCUGAGGAGGUCAUUGUCCUGAGUGAUGACGAAGAGGACGAGUCAAACAUGGAGCAGUGUCCGCUGUGCUCUGCGUAUUACCCUGCGGAUUUGCUCAAGUCUCACAUCGACAAUUGCGUCCAGCAUUUGCACGAUUCUUUUCAGGAAGACACGGAAGAGUCUCAGAUGGUCCAUUGCCCUAUUUGUAAUGAAAAAAUUGAAAAUGAUUCCCUACAAUCUCACACAGACAGUUGUGUCCAGAGCCUGGAUGGCUCAUUUGAUGGAGAGGUUCAAGAAGUGGUCAGUGACACGGUGAAGUGUCCGAUUUGUGACGUCAAGGUUGAACGGGAGAUGAUAAAUGAGCACCUGGAUUAUUGUGCAGGCUACUAAGGUGUUCUGUCUUUGUUUCUAUAAUAAAACGUUGAUAUUUUUUACCUUCUGAUGAAAACUACAAGCAAAA